CAUGUGGAUGGUCUGCUCGAGGUUGCCCUACGUCGUGUCGUGAUAGGCGGGAUGCUGAGUGGAUUCGGGUUCAUCGCAUCUCGCGGCGCGUCCUCGACCUCCUCCUCGAAGAACAAGUUCAUCCACCAUGCACUCCGAGUGGCGUACGCUCUCCCUAGCACUCGGAACUCGUGGUGCCGGCACCCUACAGAACAGCCUCAGGCUCUUGUAUGACCUCAAUAUCACCAUAGCCGGCGAUAAUGACGUUGACUCUCAGUGUGCUCAGCUGACAGCGAAGAGCCUCCUGCCCACGCUCGCAUCUCUCACACAGCUCCCGCCUCUCGCUCCAACUGGCGUACACUGGUUCGCUGAGGUCACAAGACGGGGCUCGGCGGCACUCAUCACCUCACUCGUCUCGAGCCUCCUCGUCUUAUCGAAUUAAUAGCAUGGGGGUCUCUAGCAUACUUGUACACUGUACUG